AUAUUUCAUCGCUCUGACAUCCAAACCUUGGGAUCUGGCACUACUACAUAGGCCGUUUGAAGGCUGCGCUGCGCUGCGUUUCCUCGGUUUUUUGCUACGUAGGUGCGGAUACCGCGGGCGAUUCUAGCUACAGACGGUACUUCCAACGCCUUGAUCACGAGGACUACAAGUACAUUAUUGCAAACCGUUGAUCAGCUAGCUGGGGGAACGCGGCUCUCGUUCGGGUGAGGAGAGCGUCAUUAUUAUUACUCUCAAAGACACACCUGCACCCAUACGCACAUACUCCGUACACACACCCCGUGGCCGCCUCCCUGGACCUGCCUGGCUUUCACCUCACCUCAACAACGAACUCUCCUCCCUAUUCAUCAUUCACCCCAGUCCCUACACGCUGAGAGCACGGCUACGAUUCAGGCUCCGCGGAUGCUUCUCCACCUUCCCUGGCCUCCCCUUUCCACUUUCCCCCGUCUCAUACAAAAUCCAAAAUAGCCCAAUAAUCCAACAACCCAAUAACCCCGUGGCAUUGCGAGAAUCACCUGCGAAGUACUUCGUCAGUCUCGCAGCUCGCAGCUCGCAGGUUCUCCACCCAGAACACCAAACACCACCGAGCAGAGGUCAUUGACAAGGGCAAUUUUCCCAUUGGCCUCACCGCCGCAAGGCCCUCAAUUUCGACCAACCACAGCUGCCUCGGCUCCACCCACGCGAGCCCACGCUAGCGCAGCGAGUGUAGCGAGUGUAAUCCGUCCAGCGUCCAGCGUCCAGGUCCCUCUUCCCUUCAGGUUCCCUCAAUCGCUCCUUCCAAACUCGACCUCCAUACAAAACCACCCAAGCCAAAAACCCGACUUCCCAUUUCGUUGCACAACCACCACUUUCAUCGCGCAACGAACAUACAAAUUUGCCCCCUCCACAACAAACCAUUUUCAUGACUUCCUCUCCAUCUCAACAUCAAUUUUGCAAAAAUGCAUCCCGAUUUGGCUGAUCAGUCCAAUGUCGGGCGAGACUCAAGCAUGGACAUGGUUCCUGACAACUCCAUUCACGAUCUUCAAGCUGCCGCACCUACAGCAGCUGGAACAACAAAAUCACCCACCACCUACCCCGAAAGUCCACCAACGUCUUCAGACAGCAUGGUGGACCAGUGCAUCGUUUGCUUGGAGGAUUUGUGUAUUACUUUCGAGUCCAUCGUCGAACAGCAAGAGCAGGAUCCUGCUGCCACAUCCGCCACUCAACCUGAUAAACAACAACUUAUUGCAGUGAUUAAACCAUGCGGCCAUUCCCUGCACGACGAGUGCCUGCGAGAAUGGACCCAAAAGGCCAACAGUUGCCCGUUCUGCCGACAAUCCUUCAAUUUGGUGGAAGUACUGGAUAAGGUUGGCGGUAAGUUUCCAUGUUUUUUCUAUUCAGUGAUUCGGCAACCGUAUCUUCUUCCAGGUGAUGCCCGGGGUUGUGGCAACGACGGAAGUGAUGGUUAGACUUUGGGGGCACUUUUUCCUCCCAGAAAGUGCAUGCGUGGAUUUGCCCUUUUGCCCCUGGCGAUACGUACCGAUAACAUAUACCAUGACCAUAAUGCUGACUUGACUAAUAGGGAAUGUCUUGUCCGAAUACGCAGUCGAAAACAAGAAGCAGGUUGCCUCAACCGAAUUCGACCCAGCUUGGAUUGAAGAGCCGAUUGAGGAAGAAGAAGGCCCGCCUUGUCCAAUAUGUAAUUUGGCCGACAACGAGGAUGUGCUAUUACUGUGCAACGCCUGCGAUGCUCCAUACCAUACAUACUGCGUUGGGCUUUCUGGAGUACCUCGAGGAGAUUGGUAUUGCAUGGAAUGCCAUGAUGACGGAACAGAAGCAAGAGCUCUUGAGUUGGGAAAUUUGCAAUCGCAUCGUCAUGCACCCAGAACUCAGGGUGCUUCUAGACGUAAUCGUCGACGCAUCCGAGAAGACCAUUGGUACGGUGCAUGGAGUAUCUUUAGCAGUCGAGUUCACGACGUUGCAGGGUUGGAUCUGGACUUCUCAGACGGGGAAGACGAUGGGGACAUGGGGGACUAUCGACAACUCCAGCGCCGAAGAUCCGGCCAAGCAAGAGAAUUCCAACAAUGGCAACAAAGGUUGCAUAUUGCAACUCGACAUGGUGCCCGUGAGACCUUUCAAGCGGCACCACGUCCUCGUCGCCCUACUCGUCCACGAACUCCCCCCACCCCAGAGGAGACCAAGGAAGAAGCGCGUGCUUGGGGAGAUUUUGAAAGAGCAAAGGAAAUGGAUGGCGUCCCGAGAACACGAAAGAGAAAGUCACGAUCCGCAGCAACAUCUGCAACAGCCUCCCCUGUGGAGCGACCAUCGGAGCCUGAGCGAAAACUGAAGCGACCACGAACUAGACGUGUUUUGGUUGAAGGCGAGGCUUCUUCGUCUUCUUCCGUCAUGACACAACCUCCACGACCAUUAAUCUCGAAUGCACAUCCCACUUCUCCAACCCUCCCAGUGUCGGAGGGCCCAGGUCCAUCAUUUCUUACGUCUCUACUUAAAGAAGUGGAAAUGAGCGCAAACUCCGAUGACGAUACGUCCCGAUCCGCAUUCAGUGGUACAACCAUAUCGGCUGGCACUAACCGUGUUACGAGCCCAUCACUUGAGUACUCUUCGCCUGCUGCGUCGCCUGCGCCUUCCACUUCUCAUACUCCACGGGCAUUGUCAAUAACACCACCUCCUCAUCUUGCAAAGAGACAGGCUUCGCCUCGGCCUCUCACCUCGCAUGUUGAGCCAUCAUACCCACGAGCCGACUACUCGCCAAAUCGGUCACCAGGAGAACCCACCAGAGAAAGCGCAAACCCUUCCAGCCCUACAACGGAGUUGAGACAACCAAGACCCAGAAGGCAAAAGCCCAGGCCGCUAGCCCUCCAAACAUCGCCUGAAACAUCGCCAGUCAGAGAAACAAUGUCGGCAGAGGCCAAAGAUAGCAUAAACAAAAUCGUCAAAAAUGCGCUUAAGCCUAUCUGGCAGGCUGCGGAGAUAACCAAGGAGCAAUAUGCUGGUGUAAACCGAGAUGUAUCAAGAAAAUUGUAUGAGAUGGUUGCUGAUCGAGAUAUUUCCGAAAAUCGAGAAAAGUGGGAGAAAGUUGCCACUGCCGAAGUAGCGACGGCCGUCAAGGCCUUGAAAGGCUAAUCAACUGAUUUACUGAUGAUAAUCAAUGACUAACGGAUGGGCGUCUUUUUUUGGGAUUUCAGGCGCAAUUGAGAUACCCGGUAACUGCAUAGGGCACACGGUAUAAUAUUGGAACAUUGAGCGACUGGAGAAGCUGGCUUAGAUAACUGGAUAUUGAGAUUCAUGGCGUUUGGGAGGAUCUUGAUAGCUUGUCCUGAUGGCGGCAUUGCCUUUAACCUUGCUGAAUUGGCAACUUGUAUGUAAUGUAGGAGGUUUAUAGGAACAUAAUGCGAGAUUUUGCAGUACUCCGGG